AUGAAAGUCAUCAUCCAAAGAGUCAAAUCGGCAUCCGUGACAGUCGAUUCGGAGCUAGUCUCCUCUAUUGGCAAGGGCCUUCUUGUAUUUGCUGGCGUUGGCAAAGAGGAUACCGAGAAGGAAGCAGAGAAUAUCGUGAAAAAGAUACUGAAGGCCAAGUUCUGGCCCGAUGAGAAUGGGGUACAAUGGAAAAAGAAUGUUCAGGAGAUUGAGGGAGAAGUACUAUGUGUCUCCCAAUUCACCCUCUAUGCAAAAAUGAAGAAAGGCAACAAACCCGACUUUCAUGAUGCAGCUGGCCCUGAAGCUGCACGCAGAAUCUAUGACUUCUUUUAUGACAAGAUGCGGGAAGGUUAUACUCCAGACCGGGUCAAAAAUGGUGUCUUCCAAGCCAUGAUGGAGGUCGAAUUGAAGAACGACGGGCCGGUGGGUGUGAACUACUGCAGCGAGGACGCGGCGGUCACAAUCGAAAUCAAUACCAAUCUUCCCAAAAAGGAACCCAAGGAGCAGAAAAAUGACGACAAGGAUAAACAGGACAUCAAGGGAUCUUUUGAAUUCCAAAUUCCCCCAGAAUUGCUGCAGUGA